AUGCCCGGCGGGGACGUGCGCGGGGACCAAAUGGGCGAUGUGGCGACGCAGAAUGGGCUGCGAGCGGAAGUGACGUCGGUCGCUAACUAUGGAGUGUCACGUUUAGGUCACUGUAGCCUCUUGCAGUUUCCGGGCUGGUUGGCCGUGGUCCUGUGGGCGUUAAAGGGCCAGUGUGGUUGGCCAAAGGGCCAGGCGUGCGCGGUGCACGCGACGGCGCGGCUGACGUUCGAGCGGUGGGCGGCGCUGCGCGAGGCGGCGGCCGGCGCCCAGCUGGCGUUCCACGUGCGCGCGCCGCGCUCCGCCUGCGUCGAGCUGCGCGCCUCGCCCCUCGCGCCCGUCCCCAACGCCUGGACACGCUGCAAAUAUGUUGAGUUGGAUUGGGUUGGUUGGAUUGACUGCCGCAUCGCGGGCACGGCCAACGACUACUCGGGGGAGCUGAACCUCACGCGGUCGGGGCGGCGCUGCCAGGCGUGGGCGGCGCGCAACGCCACGCACAAGGUUCCUGAAAAGUACCUAAACGACACUUUGUUCGCCGACCAGUCGGUUAUCAACGCCAGCAACUUCUGUCGCAAUCCAUCUCGCAACAUUGGCGGUACUUGGUGCUACACAGAGGACCCGAAAGUGAAGUUCGAUGUAUGCCACGUCCCCGACUGCGAUAGACCUGAUCAUGGGCAGUACUACAGUCUCACCUUCAAUGAUAAGCCCAACCAAAUCGUUUUCUCAAGACAUGGUGGAAAGGGCAAGGAAACUGUCAAUUUAACUGUCUUCCAGACCCCUGUGAUGGCGGAGAGUCGCUGGACAAAGAUAUUUGUCGAGUUGAAUACUUAAUCUUGGAAAAUUUGAAUGCCUCUCAUUCUGGCAACUGGACAUGCGAAGUGAUAGAUGAAGAUAUGCAGUUUACUUGGGUUACCAACUGGAUUUGGAUCGAGGUGAGACCUGCGCCUACAAUACUAACUCACUUGAUGGAGGACGAACUGACCGCUCCGCUGUUUGGAUGGAUGAAAAGUGAAAUUGUAGUCGCCGGUGCAUUGAUUCUCAUUGUGAUCCUUACUGUUGCUUUGGUUGCCUCAGGAAUUUUCAUAUAUAUGAGGUAUAUUAAGUUGUAAAUGGUGAUUUUGCUUGCUGAUCUUGAAAAAGAAUGAAGUUUAUUUCCCCGCAUAAUGUGGGCAGGGACAAGAUAUUACUUGCGUACACGAGGCUGAGCUAACUCAGCUGUCCUUGGAGUGCACAUAGCUUUCAGUGCAAUGGGCAGCACUGUAAAUGGAUCCUCCUUCAAAUCAUCAGUGGGUGGUCCUUUACGCUCACGCGGUGUAGCAAUCUUGUUCACACGUUCUGACGCUGAAGCAACAAAACACAAAUGAAAGCCAAUUAAGAAAGAAGAAAAUUAAAAAUGGGACAGAACUAGAGAGCAAGAAGGUUUCCCAGAAUCCUACGAUGCUCCCUGACAUUAAAUUCACAACACACCAAUCAUUAUUAUCCUUCGUGGUUAGUGUUGCAGGAGGCAUAUUUCUUAAGUACCUAUUAGUGAAAAUAGCCGAAAAAUAGUUGAAGUCUAAAUAACACAGUGCGACA